AUGAUAGAGCACGCAAUCCGUUUGGGAUUUAAGGCCUCCAACAAUGAAGUAAAGUACAAGGCACUGAUUGCUAGACUGAAACUAGCAGUAACAGUGGAAGCCGGUGAGGUAGUAGUCUUUUGUGACUCCCAACUUAUUGUGAAUCAAGCGACAGGCAGGUAUGCAACCUGGGAUGAAAGGAUGAUAGCCUAUGUCAAAGAGAUUGUCAGGUUACUGGCACUAUUCCAAGAUUACCGACUACAGCAGAGUAAUAGACAGACAGAAGCAUCCAACAAGACCAUCUUGGAUGGGAUCAAGAGGAGGUUGGAAGCAGCCAAGGGAAAAUGGGUGGAAGAAUUGCCCAAUGUGCUAUGGACAUAUCAGACUAUGCUGAGAAGAUCAGCAGGGGAGUUUCCUUUUGCCAUGGCAUAUGGCAUAGAAGCAGUUAUCCCACUAGAAGUCGAUAUCCCUGGAAUCAGAAGUCAGGGAGUAGAGAAUGGAAUUUAUGAGGCAUUCUUAACCCAAAAUCUGGAUCUGACUGAACAGUCUUGUGACGAUGUUUCCGAUUGA